AUGGAUAGAGAUGAGAUAUGCUUUUUCGACUUGAUUGAUCUGAUCGAGGGUUCUGGGUACACAUCAGUCGUCUAUCUAUACUACAAGAGAAAAGAUAGCUUGGUUGUAAUACAACAAGAUUCUGAUGUGAUGGAAAUGCUCAACGAGUGUGAUGGCGAUGAAGUACCUGGUAAACGAAAGGGGACCGUUUUAACACAUGUUUGGGAUCUACUUGGAGGAGAUUGGAUAGUAGUAAGAUGUAAUAUGCUUGGACAACCCAUUGGAAAAGAAGGUGGCCUUUUAGGACAAUUUUUGGGCACCAUAGCAAGAAAUGGUGGUUACUGUCCAGUUGGUGCCAAAGAUUGGAGAGAAGUUAAGAAAAACAAUGCAAAAACCAUAAUUCAAUUCAUCCAGAUAUUGAAAUCAAUUGGAAGAGAUUGGAGAAAAUACAAGGCAACAUUAAAAAAGUCACUAUUUAAUCCAAAGAAGAAAAAGUCUGUUUUGAACAAGCGUUGUCCAGAUGAUAUCGAUGAAGAUCAAUGGAAGGCCCUAGUAAAAUAUUGGAAGUCCAGUGAAGGACAAACCCUAAGUGAGAAGAACAAAAUAAGUUGUCAAAUGAAGAAGACAACACACACAGCCGGUACAAAGAGUUACGCUCAUUGGUCUGAGGACAUGGUUGAACUGGAAAAUCUCCUAGACACACAACCAGAGUUAGCACAAAAUAGUGAGGGAGGAGUUGCAUGGGAAGGUGAUGCAUUACAUCGGGUGUUGGGAGAAGAGAAAGCUGGACAAGUGCACGGCAUGGGAUUGCUUCCAGUUCCUAAACAAGUUUAUGGUCGAAGAACAUGCCAUUUUAAGGACAUUAAUAUAGUUUCACUAGAUGGCUCAUCAUCUGAUGUAGAGACUCACAUGUUGGAGGAAAUAAGGGAAAUUGUGCUAGGAGUGAUCAUAACAAUUCUCAGAAUCAAGCGGUGCUUUCUAAAAGAAAGAGUUCACUAUGUUGCACCCAACCAGAAUGAUGGAUUCCUUGAACACAGGGAUGAAUUGAAUAAAGAAACAUGUGAGUCUGAAUAUAGUGAUGAUGACAGUCUACUUUUAUCCACCACAAGUAAAACAACAAAGAAACAAAAGGGUCAUCAUGGAGGGCCUGGAGAGACUACGACCAUUGCACACCAGGAGGUGGCUCAUGACAAGGUUGCAUGCAACAAGCGUCAAGCACCUAAACAACUUUCUGUAAUGAAGGUUGAGUCCAUGGUGCUACUAAUGACUUCAAAAUAUCCUAAUAAGGUUAAUGUGGCCUAUGCAACUCUCUUGAGCACUGAUCCAGAAGCCAUUGUUGGUGGAGUUAAGACAGGAAGUCAAUUCUACAAAGUGUGUAUCGAUCAUGCUAUAGCGAAAGAUGAACCAUUAGUGAGGCCUAGGCCUGGGUGCAAUAAUAUUGGUGAUGCUCAAGCCAAAGGAGUCUCAAUUGCUUGGCCUUCGAUGUUUGUUCAAAUGAUUAAUGGUUGA